GGUUAAGUAAAGUGCAUGAAAUUCCAUUAUGUCUAAUGUAAUUAGAUCAUUCCUUACCUUCAUUCUCUUCACCAUCAUUCUAGCCUGUAAUGCUGCGCGACUCGAGCCUGCUGACCAACUACUCCGAGGCCAACAUCAGGAAAUGAAUGAAGCUGAGAUUCGAGAUGAAAUCAGUUGUGAUGGGUUACAGAGAGAUGAAUGCUUGUUCAGGAGGUCUCUGGCUGCUCACCUCGAUUAUAUUUACACGCAGAAGCAGCAACCAUGAUGACCCUGCAUAUACUGCGAUUCAAAAUCAUACAGUUGUUAUAUGCUACUAAAUAAAGAACUAGUUAGUCAAUUUCCCUUUCCCCCUUAGCAGUGUAUGUGAUGUUGCAAAUGAUGUUUGCUAUCAAGGGUUAAUCAGAAUAACCUUCUUGAUA